AUAUUUAUGUCAAAAGAUGGUGAAAUUGAAUGGUCUUCUUGCCCAAGAAAUGAGCCACCCCGCAUUGCUGCUAAUGUGAUAAAGAUGCAACCAGGGCCAACACGGAUGGCAGUUACUCAUGUGAACGACAUCAAGUCUUCUUUUGAGCUUUUGAUCCCAGAUUCCAUCCAGAAAAUUAUUCUGGAUUGCACCAAUUUAGAGGGAAGGCGUGUUUUUGGAGAGAGGUGGAAGGAGAUGGACCAAACCCAUUUACAUGCUUACUUUGGGGUUCUUAUCCUUGCUGGAGUUUUCAGGUCCAAAGGAGAAUCCACAGAAUCCCUCUGGGAUGCAGAAAAUGGCAGAGAAAUUUUGCGCGCAGCAAUGUCUCUGGAAAACUUCCACAUCAUUUCCAGGACUAUACGCUUUGAUAACCGAGACGACAGAGAAGCUCGACGGCAGAGAGACAAGCUGGCUGCCAUCAGGACAGUGUGGGACAAGUGGGUGCACCGCCUCCCCCUGUUUUACAACCCUGGCCCUAAUGUCACCAUUGAUGAGCAGCUGAUGCCAUUUAGGGGCCGCUGCCCCUUUAGGCAGUAUAUACCAUCUAAACCUGCAAAAUAUGGUAUAAAGAUCUGGGCUGCCUGUGAUGCCACUUCCUCAUAUGCUUGGAACUUACAAGUCUACACAGGGAAACCUGAGGGAGGAGCCCCUGAGAAAAAUCAAGGGAUGAGAGUUGUCCUGGACAUGACUCAGGGACUCAGUGGACACAACAUCACCUGCGACAAUUUUUUUACCUCACACAAGCUGGGACAGGAGCUCCUAAAGAGGAAGCUGACCAUGGUGGGAACGAUACGCAAAAACAAGUCUGAGCUCCCACCCCAACUGCUGUCUACGAAGAACAGGCCUGUCAACUCUUCCAAGUUUGUGUACACGGCUGACACGUCCCUGGUUUCCUAUGUGCCAAAGAAAGGCAAGAAUGUGGUCCUCAUGAGUACACUGCACAGGGAUGGGAGAAUCUGUGGCCAGGAGCAUCAAAAACCAGAGAUAAUCAUGGAUUAUAAUGCCACAAAAGGAGGGGUGGACAACAUGGACAAGCUGGUGACUACCUACAGCUGCAAAAGGAGGACCCUACGCUGGCCACUAGUGAUAUUCUUCAACAUGCUGGACAUCUCAGCAUACAACGCCUUUGUUAUCUGGAUGGCACUGAACCCAGAGUGGAACCGAAGAAAGCUCCAGAGGAGACGCCUCUUUCUCGAAGAACUGGGAAAGGCACUGGUGAGACCUCAAAUCCAGCGAAGACAACAUGUUCCGAGGACCCCAGCCUCUGCAGCCAUCAUGAGGAGGAUUCAGGAGAAGAAUGUUGACCCAUCCACCCGACCUACAGAACCACCAUCUGCAGAGCCUGAAGUAAGUGUCUGA